GAGUUGCUAAUCUGUGUAUUGGUCUGGUCGAACAACAAGGGGCGCGCAUACACAGAGAGAUAAAACAGAGAGAAGGAAAAAAAAGAAGUGAAAAACUGAACAUUAGUAGGCAAAAUCUCAAACAACGGAAAGGAGGAACACGCACUCUCUAUCUCUGGCACUGUGCAAUCAAGGUUAUUCGAUGACCAGACAUUAGCCCUGAAACAGUCAUGGCAGAGGGCACAGAAGUUGAUGAGCAUGUGGAUUUUGACGAGGACAACUAUAUGGAAGAGAUAGAUGAUGAUGUUGGAGAACAGCUUGAUGAAGAUGGAGUAGAUGAUGCUGGCGAGGGAGAUGUUGAAGACGAGCCUGUAGAGGAAGAGGAUGAUCUGAAAGCGGAGGCUGAUGAAAAAGAGCAAUCCCCUGGAGUGGAUAGAAGACUGGUUGACAUUGACCCUGUUGAAGAUGAAGAAAAGCCUACUUCUUCUGCUAGUGAAGAAGACAAAGAGAAACAUGCUGAAUUACUUGUGAUUCCUCCUAAUGGUUCUGAAGUUUUCAUUGGUGGACUUCCUAAAGAUAUUGUGGAAGAAGACUUAAAAGAUCUUUGUGAACCCGUAGGCGAGAUUUUUGAGAUAAGGAUGAUGAAAGAUAGGGAUACUGGUGAAAACAAAGGUUAUGCCUUUGUAGCAUUCAAAUCAAAGGAGGUUGCACAAAAGGCCAUUGAAGAAUUACAUAGUAAAGAUUUUAAGGGUAAAACCUUAAGGUGCUCACUCUCUGAAACUAAAAACAGAUUAUUCAUCGGAAAUGUUCCAAAGAGCUGGUCAGAGGAUGAGUUUAGAAAAAUCAUUGAGGAUGUUGGUCCUGGAGUUGAAACCAUAGAGCUCAUAAAGGAUCCUCAAAGUCCAGGCCGAAAUCGUGGUUUUGCUUUUAUUUUGUAUUACAACCAUGCCUGUGCUGAUUAUUCAAGGCAGAAAAUGUUGAAUGCAAGUUUUAAGCUGGAUGGAAAUACCCCAACAGUGACCUGGGCUGAUCCCAAAGGUACACCUGAACAGUCUGCUGCUGCUUCUCAGGUGAAGGCUCUGUAUGUGAAAAACAUACCCGAAAACACUACGACCGAUCAACUGAAAGAAAUGUUCCUGCGCCAUGGAGAAGUGACAAAAGUUGUAAUGCCCCCUGGAAAAGCUGGCAAACGGGAUUUCGGGUUCAUCCAUUAUGCUGAAAGGUCUAGUGCAUUGAAGGCUGUUAAAGAUACUGAGAAAUACGAAAUUGAUGGCCAAUUGUUGGAGGUUGUUCUAGCAAAGCCACAAACUGAUAGAAAGUCGGAUGGUGCUUAUCCUCACAACACUGGACUGCAUUCAAAUCAUCUUCCGCAUUCAGGAUAUGGUGGUUUUGGGAAUCCGUAUGGCUCUGUGGGUGCUGGCUAUGGUGUUACCCCUGGUUUUCAACAGCCAGUAAUAUAUGGGAGGGGGCCAAUGCCAACAGGAAUGCAGAUGGUGCCAAUGGUCCUACCGGAUGGUCGAAUUGGUUAUGUUCUCCAGCAGCCUGGAAUGCAGAUGCCACAGCCUCGACCUCGAAGAGUUGACAGGAGCAAUGGUCCGAAUGGGCAGCCAGGACGAGCUGGAAGUAGUGGUAGUGACGAUGGCAAUCGUGGCAGAAGGUAUCGGCCAUACUAGUGUUGGAGGUGUAGAGACUUAAUAGUUAUUUUGGAAAUCAACAGAUGCAGUUGAGUACCACUAGAACAAAAUGACCACACCCAUCAACCUCGAAGCCCGCCGCCCCUUAUGCCUUCAUUUUCAACCAUUUGUCACAGUUGCCCAUAAUUUAAGGUGGAGAAAAGUAGAGAGGCUGCUAGUGUUGAGACAGUAGAUUAUGUUGCGAGUCUAAUGGCAUGGAAGAUGAUCGACAGUCCGAGCAAUUGUCUCUGCCAUCAUAAACUUUUUUUUUGUUUUUUUGAUAGGAACAUAAACUUAUUUAUUAACAUUGUUUUCUUGGAACUAGAAGUUAUAGAGCGCUAAGAUCAGUAUAUCUAUUGGCUUUGUGAGUUCUACUAACCACAGCUCUACACUGAGACUUGCAGUCUAUUUUUCAUGUAGAUUAUUAUAUCCUGGAUUGAAAGUAGGAUUUCUUUUGCUGGGUGUGAUGCAGAGCUCUUCUUUCA